AUGGAUAGCAUCAAGUUCGUAAAGCGCUUGACACUCCAGGCAAUUGUGAUGACGAGCAAAGGUUUUAUUCACUAUCCUUCUACUUUUGAUGGUCCAGGAAUACCUUUGCGUCGUGCCCCAAUAAUUUGUCACGGAUCGGACAAAACAUGGGAUUCUAGACUCCAGUACAGAUCUGCUACCGGGAGCCGCGUCAAUGUGGCACUUGAACAUGCGUUGACAAAAAGAAUGGCGAGCAUGGCGGAGGCAGACGUCAAGAUAGCACAAGCCUUAGGCCCGGAGGCCUGCUUCGGCGGCCUCCGGGUUGCCGAAAGCGCAGUAUGCGCCAAGCGCAUGUACCUGGAGAAAAAAUAUGCAAUCCUGAGCAAGGUCGACGCAUUGGUCGAUCGAAUACAAAUCAACGUCAACGUGCAAACAUCCGGCCCCCCACCCAAACAACAGCAGACGAAAGUAGUCGAUGACAACAUCGAGGAGCCUCUGCUAUCUCAAUGUUAUACAAUUUUAGUUUGA